GGGUUGGGUGGUGUUUUAUGUAGCAAGAUUUGUCCCUUGAGAAGGAAAAGAUUUUUUGUUGAAGCGCAAAUGGACCAAGAAUUUGACUGCUAGACAUUUGCAAUUGCAAAACCCCCUUCUCCCACUCUGGAUUUGUUUCGGCGCCAAUGGCAGAAAAACUAGCUCUUCCUCUUCUCCUCCCAAACCCACCACCACCAAAACCUUUCUUCCAAGACACCCACUCCUCCGUCCCUGUUCCCUCUCCCCCGCCGCCCUUAACCCCUCUAUUCCAAGAAUUCUUCCACCACCAACAGCCCCAGCCCACCACCUCCUCCACUUCCCCGAACUACCCCUCCUCGGUACCAAGACCACGACGUCGCAUUGGAAAACACGGAGAUCCCAAUAAGGGUAAGCCUUGGUUUCACAACCGCCUCUCUUCUCAAGGUGAGCUCACUCUUCACUCCCUCAUUCAUCCUCAAUUCAACAUACAACAGCUGGACGAUGAGUUAUCUUCUUUGUUCAAUUCUCGUCAUCGAGAAAACGAAUUCUUAAACGAUUGUACAGAUGCAGUAUUUUCUGAUGUCUUGGGUAUAAUUAAGGCUUUGGGCUACUAUAAAAAAUGUGACUUGGCUUUAAAUGUGUUUGAAUGGAUUAAGAAACGUGAGAAUUCGGAGAAUUUGAUUAAUGGGUCUCUUGUGGCGGUGAUUAUUAGUAUGUUGGGCAAAGAGGGUCGGGUUUCUACUGCUGCUUCUUUGUUUCAUAAUUUGCAUAAAGAUGGAUUUGGGGUUGAUGUGUACGCCUAUACUUCUUUGAUAACCGUUUUUUCGAGUAAUGGGCGGUACAGGGAGGCCGUAAUGGUUUUCAAGAAAAUGGAGGAGGAGGGUUGCAAGCCUACUUUGAUCACGUACAACGUGAUUUUGAAUGUUUAUGGCAAAAUGGGCAUGCCUUGGCAUAAAAUUAUGGCGGUUUUUGAUGGUAUGAAGAGCUCGGGUGUUGCUCCUGAUGCUUACACAUAUAAUACCAUGAUAAGCUGUUGUCGACGGGGCUCUUUGUAUGAGGAAGCUAAGGGAAUUUUUGAGGAGAUGAAGUUAGCUGGAUUUGUGCCGGAUAAGGUGACCUAUAAUGCGCUACUGGAUGUUUAUGGAAAGUCCAGGAGGCCUAAAGAGGCCAUGGAAGUUUUGAGGGAGAUGGAAAUUAAUGGUUUUUCACCCAGUACUGUGACUUACAAUUCCCUGAUAUCUGCUUAUGCUAGGGAUGGUUUGUUGGAGGAAGCGUUAGAGCUCAAAGCUCAGAUGCUUGAAAAGGGGAUGAAGCCAGAUGUGUUCACUUAUACUACACUGUUGUCAGGUUUUGAGAAGGCUGGAAAGGAUGAACCUGCAAUGAGGGUAUUUGAGGAGAUGCAACGUUCAGGUUGUAAUCCAAAUAUAUGCACCUUUAAUGCUCUAAUCAAGAUGUUUGGAAAUCGUGGAAAGUUUGCAGAAAUGAUGAAGAUUUUUGAUGAUAUUAAGGCUUGUGGAUGCAAGCCAGACGUUGUUACUUGGAAUACCCUUUUGGCUGUGUUUGGGCAGAAUGGAAUGGACACUGAAGUAUCUGGGGUGUUCAAAGAAAUGAAGCGAUCAGGUUUUGUAGCUGAGAGGGAUACUUUUAACACCUUAAUAAGUGCUUACAGUAGAUGUGGAUCUUUUGAUCAGGCAAUGGCUAUUUAUAAGCGCAUGUUAGAAGCAGGGGUAACUCCUGACCUUUCCACUUAUAAUGCUGUUUUGGCAGCGCUGGCUCGGGGAGGGCUGUGGGAGCAAUCGGAGAAAGUUUUUGCUGAAAUGAAGAAUGGCCGAUGUAAACCCAAUCAGUUGACUUAUAGUUCCUUGCUUCACUCAUAUGCUAAUGGGAAACAAAUUAAGAAGAUACACGCUCUAGCUGAAGACAUAUAUUCAGGAGUAAUUGAACCCCACACAGUGCUGCUGAAAACCCUUGUUCUGGUCUAUAGCAAAAGUGAUCUAUUAAUGGAAACAGAGCAAGCGUUUGUAGAGCUAAGAAGAAAAGGUUCCUCUCCAGAUAUAACUACUCUGAAUGCAAUGGUCUCAAUAUAUGGUCGCCGGCAAAUGAUUGACAAGGCAAAUGAGAUCCUAAACUUUAUGAAAAAAAGUGGAUUCACGCCUAGUCUGACAACAUACAAUAGUUUGAUGUACAUGUACAGCCGUUCUGCAAAUUUUGAGAGAGCUGAAGAAAUACUGAGGGAUCUGCUAUCCAAAGGAAUCAAGCCUGAUGUCAUUUCAUACAAUACUGUAAUCUAUGCAUAUUGCAGGAAUGGUCGGAUGAAAGAUGCAUCAAGAAUUUUCUUAGAAAUGACAGAAUCUGGACUUACUCCAGAUGUAAUCACAUAUAAUACCUUUGUUGCAAGUUAUGCGGCUGAUGCAAUGUUUGUGGAGGCUACUGAUGUGAUUCGAUAUAUGAUCAGCCAUGGUGUCAAGCCAAAUGCAAGCACAUAUAAUUCCAUUGUGGAUUGGUACUGUAAGCUUAAUAGGAGUGAUGAGGCAAUAAUGUUUGUUAGUAAUCUUCGCAAACUCAAUCCUAAUAUUUCUAAGGAGGAAGAAUGCAGAUUAUCAGAACGGCUGAUGAAGAAAUGAUUAUAAAUGCUUCCGUCUGCAAUGGAUUCCAGCAGCACUGUUUCCUUCUCUGCUCGUUCUGUUACCAACCCUGAAAGCUGUCUACAUUAGUUUUCUUUCCCAGAAAGUGACUUGAUGAACAGGCUUCUCUCUAUAUAUGGUCUUGUUGCGACAUGCUUUUUAUCUGGUUUGCAAAGGUGACAUUGAUUCUUGAAAGACUAAUAUGUAGGACUUGGAAAUCUAGAACACAGUUAUCUAAUGUACCUUCACAAUUAGUAGGUACAGGUGCAGUCACGUACAGCUGUGCGUCAUGGUCUCAAAAUCACUUUGAUGUUGUAUUAUGAGACAUUUCAGAAAAGAGAACCAAAUUGUGAUGUAAAUAUUUCUAUAGUAGAAGCUAUACAUUUUAAGUAAGUUUAAAUAAAGCUGUCUGUUCUCCCGUC